GUGAGUACCAAAUAGUGGAAAGACUUGUGAGGAAGUAAGCUUAUCAGUAUUUACACCUGCAUAAUCUCUCACAUAAGUAACAGCUCUAAUGAUGUGGAACUAAGGUAUUUUUCCAAAUGUUUACAGUGUUUGUAAAGUAUAAAAGGACAGUGCAGUUCACUGUAAAGCACCCUACCAUUUUAAAACAUCACUACUACAGCACCAGAGCUGAGAAAGGUUGUGCAAGAUGAAGAUGAAGGUAGAGUUGAUUGCACUGGUUUUCCUUUGCAUGGGUGUUGUAUUGGCAGUCGGUGCAAGAGCUGUUGACAACAGCCCUGCAGACGACGGCCAACGCUUAGAUCGUCGCUAUGCUGAAUCAACUAUCGCGAGUGACAUAAGUAAAAUAAUGGACUCCCUGGUACAGAAGAACUUUGUGAACUUUCUCCUAAACCAGAGAGAGAAAAAGAGCAUGCCAACUAUGACAUCAGAAGAUCCAGACAUUCACACCUUCAGUGAUCUUCUGAAGAAGGAUUUCACCAUGUUGAUUCACAGCAAAGGAGAUAGGUCCAAGACUCAUUAGUGCCCAGGAAGAAGUGGCGUCAGCAGAGCAGUGGACAGGUUCAGGCGACAAUGGAUAAACUUCAAAAUGGCCCAAAAUGGCCCAAUGCUCUAAAGUAUCCAUGAUAGCUACAAUUUCAAUAAAAGCAUAUCUCAAAAUUAAAGCCUUUCUGACUUUGUGUCUUACAUUGUU